CAGGGCUGCAGCGGCGCAGGCGCCGGGGCCGAGCCGAGCGCCGAGCUGGGAGCGAGCAGCCGCGCUCCGGGCCAGGGUCCCGGGGGAGCAGGGCACGUCCUCCCAGCUCUGGGCUGCUAACAUCUCCACUGCUGGCAUCUUCCUCCUCUCCUUGCCUCCCCUUCCUCCUCACCUUCUCAGAGUGGCCCUCUGGCCAACACCAACUACACGUGACCCUGAACUGCUCUCAAGCCCCGCCCCCGUAGAUCCUCCUCAGAAUGGCCCUUGGUGCUGCAGGCACGGUAGGCUCUGGGCCCGGGCACCGAGGGGGCACUGGAUGACUCCCCCACUGCAGGACGCAGCCACCUAUGACUCCAGGCCUUCAGCACCCACCCGCCGUGGCACAGCGCCCCGGGAUGCCGUCUGGAGCCCGGAUGCCCCACCAGGGGGCGCCCAUGGGCCCCCCGGGCUCCCCGUACAUGGGCAGCCCCGCCGUGCGACCCGGCCUGGCCCCCGCGGGCAUGGAGCCCGCCCGCAAGCGAGCAGCGCCCCCGCCCGGCCAGAGCCAGGCCCAGAGCCAGGGCCAGCCGGUGCCCACCGCCCCCGCGCGGAGCCGCAGUGCCAAGAGGAGGAAGAUGGCUGACAAAAUCCUCCCUCAAAGGAUCCGGGAGCUGGUCCCAGAGUCCCAGGCUUACAUGGACCUCCUGGCCUUUGAGAGGAAACUGGAUCAAACCAUCAUGCGGAAGCGGGUGGACAUCCAGGAGGCUCUGAAGAGGCCAAUGAAGCAAAAGCGGAAGCUGCGUCUUUAUAUCUCCAACACUUUUAACCCUGCGAAGCCCGAUGCUGAGGAUUCUGAUGGCAGCAUUGCCUCCUGGGAGCUGCGGGUGGAGGGGAAGCUCCUGGAUGACCCCAGCAAGCAGAAGCGGAAGUUUUCUUCCUUCUUCAAGAGUUUGGUCAUUGAGCUGGACAAAGACCUUUACGGCCCUGACAACCACCUAGUGGAGUGGCACCGGACGCCCACCACGCAGGAGACGGAUGGGUUCCAGGUGAAGAGGCCGGGUGACCUGAGCGUGCGCUGCACGCUGCUCCUCAUGCUGGACUACCAGCCUCCCCAGUUCAAACUGGAUCCCCGCCUGGCCCGCCUGCUGGGGUUGCACACACAGAGCCGCUCAGCCAUCGUCCAGGCCCUGUGGCAGUACGUGAAGACCAACAGGCUGCAGGACUCGCACGACAAGGAAUACAUCAACGGGGACAAGUAUUUCCAGCAGAUUUUUGACUGUCCCCGGCUGAAGUUUUCUGAGAUUCCCCAGCGCCUCACAGCUCUGCUAUUGCCCCCUGACCCAAUUGUCAUCAACCACGUCAUCAGCGUGGACCCAUCAGACCAGAAGAAGACGGCGUGCUAUGACAUUGAUGUGGAGGUAGAGGAGCCACUGAAGGGACAGAUGAGCAGCUUCCUCCUGUCCACGGCCAACCAGCAGGAGAUCAGCGCCCUGGACAGUAAGAUCCAUGAGACGAUUGAGUCCAUAAACCAGCUCAAGAUCCAGAGGGACUUCAUGCUAAGCUUCUCCAGAGACCCCAAAGGCUACAUCCAAGACCUCCUCCGCUCCCAGAGCCGGGACCUCAAGGUGAUGACAGAUGUGGCAGGCAACCCUGAGGAGGAGCGCCGGGCUGAGUUCUACCACCAGCCCUGGUCCCAGGAAGCUGUCAGCCGCUACUUCUACUGCAAGAUCCAGCAGCGCAGGCAGGAGCUGGAGCAGUCCCUGGUUGUGCGCAACACCUAGGAGCCCUGUGCGAGCACCAAACACCGCUGGGGGCCUCAGGCCCUGCCCUGUGCCCUAGGGCUCUGCCAUCACUCGACAGACGCCUCGCCUCACCUCUCUCGCCUCUCGGGUGAGGCAGGGACUGGAUUAAAGGUGUUCACCUGAUAACAGCCGUGUGGUCAUUGGUAACUGGGGAGGGAGGAGGCAGGGGAGGGCAGUGGGUCCCUCUGGGAAACUCCCCACCCCCUCCCUCAGAGUCUUCUUACUCCAUUUUCCCUAGACCUAAAAACAGUUCGGCAGAAGACACUUUUAAUGACAUUUUCUUAUUCGGAAAUACAGCAACAAGCCCUCCAUCUGUCCAUCCGUGUUGCCCCGCCUUGCCGGGGCCAAGGCCGAAGGGCCCUAAGUGGGGGCGCGGGGCCCCGGGCCGCGCUACGUGCUAUUGGCCUGCUCCUGUUCGAACAGAGCCACGGCGAGCUGCGCGCGGGCCCCCAGCCCCUCCAGGGUACUCAGGCGGCAGCGGUGGUAGAGCUCCUCGCUGAGCCGAGGGCUGCAGUCACGCACGGAGAACUUCUGCACCAGCCCUGGCUCCACGGCCCGGAAAAGGUGGAGCCCUGAGAACCGGAGGAAAACAUCCAUCACCUCCAGCCCCUCCAGGGCUUCCUCCUCUUCCUGGCCCGCCAGCUCACCAGCCAGCCGGGCUCGGGCCGCCAGGUAGUCAGCGUUGUAGAAGCAGCCCUCUGCAGAAGCCUGUCGGUCAAACCUGCCCCCAACGGGAGCCCCCCGGGCAGGCUCAGCACCAGGAGGGGACGGGGGGUCGGGGCCGGCCCCCGGGGGCCCUUGGGGAGAUCUCUGUGGUGCCAGGGCGGGGCUGAACUCCUGGAAGUGGACCGGGAAGAAGGCCUGCCAGCCGGAGAUGGCGUUCAUGCGGCAGCGGUUGAGGACCUCGGGCCCGGGCCUGGUCCACACGGUGGCGAGGAAGAAGAGCGUGUCCACGGGGUGCUUCUUAGAGACCACGUCCAGGAGCCGCACCUGGGAAGGGGCCUCCGCGCGCACAGCGAGCCAGGCCAGCCUCGUCCCAGGGUACCGUCGUUCCAACUCAGCCGCCGCAGCCUUCACCCCAAGAAACGGGUCCGGGGCCCCUCGGCCCCCUUCCCGCGGCCCAUAGACCAGCAACAGGGUGAGUAGGGCAUGCUCUCGCGGCUCCAGGACACCGGCUGCAAAGGCCUCCAGGAACGCAGGGGCCGCGGCGGCUUCGGCCACCAGCAGCGGCAGCACCAGCUGCACGCGGGUGGCCUCGGUGACGUAGGGCAUGGGGAGGAUCUCCACCCGGCUCAGGGGCCGCAGCAGGCUGACCCUGCGGGCCAGGGCCCGCCGGUGCCCGCGCUGCGUCACGGCUUCCAGCAGCAGGUCCAGGGUGUACUCCAUGCCCCGCGCUGGGUCAAAGCGCCGGUAGCCAUUGAGAAGCCGCUGCUUCUGGAAGCGCAGGCGGGGCUGAUAGCGCCGAUUCAGCUGCUCCAAAGCAGUCUCCACGGCGUCCCCCACAUCUGCCCUGCUAGCCCCUUGCAGUGGGCACUUGGGGGCCCCAUCUGCACAGGAGAAGGUGUGCUGCUCUGUGAAGUAGUCCCAGCCCAGCACCUCAAAACGCGAGUGCGGUGUAAAAGGGGCCGGGAGCCCAAUGGGCCAGCUCAGGCCUGCCUCCCCCUCCGGGGUCAGCAUGGUCAGGUUCCGGAUCUGAGCCUGGGUGGGAGGGACGCCCAGUUAGUGCCCCGCUAGGCAGUCAGGACCCUACCCCGCUCCGGCGUCCCGGGGCCUGAGGUGCCCUGGCCCCAGUAGCACUCAGUGAGGCUCAUCGCUUAAUUCCCUGUCCUCUACAUUCUCUAAUCGGGAAGGUGCAGAAGGCAUUCGAGUCACAGCCGCCUUUCACAACUGCUGUGAGGAGGCGGCGGUGGGAAACGUGCUUUCCUGGAGGUUAAAGCUCCCUGAAAUCUAAAGCUGGGCAUCUUCCUCUUCCAUACUCAACGCACUCGCGCUCUCUUCACAAAGAGCCCUUAGUUUUCACCUGUACCCCACCUCAGACAACCCCCGCGGUCAAGCAGAGAGUUCCUCUACCUUCUGCCCUUGGACCGUCUAAGGGCGGUGCUGGAGGUUCAGGGACUUCUAGGUUUUUGCCUCCUUGCUGGAGAGGAAUUAAAACUAUUCUGUCAGGACUUCCCUGGUGGUUAAGACUCCGAGCUUCCACUGCAGGGAGCACGGGUUUGGUCCCUGCUCGGGGAACUAGGAUCCUGCGAGCUGCGCAGGGGGGCCAAAAAAUUCAAAAAUUAAAAAAACACUAUUCUUAGACUCCAAUAAAGAUGUUAAAAACAAACAUUAA